AUGAAUCUAUUUGGGCAAGAAUCGACAUACUUGUAUGGAAGAAUAUUGAACAAUAAGUUUAUUGCGCCUUCUGGAUCUUAUGAGAUUGAGCCAUUGGGCAUAGCUAGUGGGAUGCACCCUGUUAGAUAUAAUGGGAAGAUAGAGGUGUUUUAUAUAUCCUCGAUAUUCAACAGUUAUCUUGUUUCCAGAGAGGAAAAUGUUAAUGUACUGUUUUCUGUGGAUGGGAAGGUGACAAUCACCAGCGAUGAAGUUGACAAGGAUGUGCUGUACACUUUCCGGAUUGUUAAGGAGACCAACGACCUUAGAGUGGCCGAGAUUUACAAGUUUGAUACAUUUUAUCCUGGGUUCAAGACAACUGGGAAGGUUAAAUGGAAGAAAGAUAAGGAUGGGCGUAAGAUCUAUAGUGUGGAGACUCGGUACGGAUCUGGAUCCUUGUUAUUACAAAACAACGAUGCGAGGGAUGUUGUGAGCGUUCUUCUGUACAAAAAGGAUAACCAGCUUCACUUUGUGCAGGUCGACGAUCCCGUGAGUGGUGUUCUAAAAAUGACUGUGGUGUCUGUGAUGUCUAGAAACAACUAUGGGGUCAAGGAUCGAAACGUCAGAGGGUUUCUUAUCACAAGUAAUAGAUACAAGGUUGGAGAUACUGUGGAAUGUGCGGUCAGGGAGGUUUGUUUAGGAAACUAUUUGUUUACAGAGUUUUUUAAACUAAAGAUAGGAUCUAUUGUUGAAGCUAGAAUCAAGGACUAUGGAAGAGACAGGAUAUAUCUUGAGCAUGGAGGCUAUGAGGGAUAUAUGUUAAUGUCAGAGUCUGCGAAAAAAAGGUAUGGUGGGUAUGUGAGAGGUGUUUUAUACGACAUCAAGGAUAAUGUAUUCUUGGUGAGUACCAAAAGAAUGUCGAAGUUGGAAGAGCCUGAGGAAGAGGUUGGCUUAUCUGUCCCAUUUGACAUUUCCGAUAAAGAGGAUGAAUCCAAUAGCUCUGUACAAGAAGAUGUGGGUAGUGGAAGUAAAUCCUUGAGUGCGGAGAGAAAGAGAAGCAAAGCUAUAACGGAAGAGGACAUCUUAAUGGAUAUCAGGGCACAUCCGGGAGAGGCAAUGCCUGUGAUAAAGUAUAUACAGUAUAAGAUAGAGAUUGGAGAAGAGGGUGGACCGGAGAAAGUGUUCCAUGAGUUUCUUCCUGUGAUUGAGGGAGAAGAAAAAGACAAACUUUGCAUCUCAUUUGUAAACUACCUCAUGUUUGCCAAGGAUAUGGAAUGCCUGAAAACAAUAAGAAGGCUGGAAAAGAUAUGCUCACAAAGAUUCCUGGAUGUUGUUGCAUCGAACACUAAUGAUGUUCAAAUCCUUAAGUUCUACUUUGAAAAGACAGAGACAAAGAAGUCGUUCAGAAUGUAUUUAGAUGCGCUGUUCAAGACAGACAAAGAAGAGGCAAUGCGCCUUGUUGAGAGGCGCAAAGAGUUUCUUUCUGUAUCGAUCGGCAUGAUAUACAAGUACUGUGAUAAUCCAAGGAUGUGGGUAGAAAAGCUGUUGGUUGACAAGAAGGAUGUAUGGGUUUCAUACAUCAGAAAUGAGAAGGGGAUAUAUCUAAGGAGUCUUUUUAGAAGAGUUGUCGAUAAGAAGUGGAAGGUAAGUGACAUGAAAGAGUUUUACAAGAUGUGGCUAGAGUAUGAGAAGGAAAACAAUGGAAAUGUUGAAGAAGUGAAGUUAAGAGCCAAAGAGUAUGUUGAAAGUAUCAAGAACAAGUCCCAUCCAUAG